AACCUACUCCGAAAAAUAACUCAUGAUCCUCUCUUUUAUAAUUUAGUGUAUUAUUUAUAAUUUUUAUUUGCUAUGUAGUUAUUGAAUCGACUCACUAACGUAGUUGAGUGUACCUUAACCCAAUUUUUUAUUAUGAAUUUAUUACCGCUAAGUUAUUAUAAAUUUAUUGUAUAAAAAUAUACGAACUAAUCAUUAAUUGAUAAAAUGUUAUUACAAAGAUUUAAUUUUAAAAUUGUAUUAAAUAAUAUAAAAAGGAAUUUCAUUACUAAUCCGUAUGGUUUAAUGUGUUCUAAAACAAAUCAAAUUAUUGAUAAUGAUGUUGAAAGUAAACAAUUUAUUCCUAUAUUUAAAACAUCACACAUGACAUUUUUUGUUGGUUUAAAUAGAAUCAAAGCAUUUCAAACAGCAGCAACCUUUUUUUUCAUUCCUUCGUGUUUCGUUUUAAAUAUACUUGGACAUUUUAACUUGGAAGAAGUUAUUUUCGGGUCAUUUAUAAAUGUUGGUCUUACAAUUGGUAUACAUGCUAUGUCUUGGUUCUUCUCAAAUAAUCUCGUGGUGUUUGUAUACUUAUGUCAAGAUGAACAAAAGUGUCAAAUGUCCUAUAUUUCAUAUUGGGGAAAACGUAAAGAAUUAUAUUGCAAUAUUGAUGAUGUGAAACCUAUAGAAUAUUCUACAUUAGAUAUUUUUAAUCAUAAAAUCAAAUUGAAUGGAAAUAAAAAUACAUUUAAAAUUAUUUUACGUGAUGCUACCAUUUAUAAUAAUGCAAAAUUGAGAAAAGUUUUUGGUAGUGAAGUAAUUUAA